GGUUAAAGAAUGGGUUGAUCAGAUGCAGAAAGAGCUCGUCACCCUGGCAGAUACAGCCACAGCCGGGAAGCAUCUCUCUCAGAUUUUUUUGAGGAACCAGCACCUCUACACUGUGGAGCAAAAUGAUGCAGACAAGCUGGUGGCCAGAGCAGCCAGGAACAUUGAACAGCUGCUGCGGAAAAGGUCUGCUGCCUUGGAGAAACUGGCCACAGCUGCUGAAGUAUUCCAGAUGGAGCAUGCAUGGAAAGAUGAGUUUGAGGAUAAUGAAAUUGCCUACUACAAUUCAAAAGAUAAUCUGGAUGCGAAUGAGACAGAGGGAAGAAAAUACAGGAUUCGGCCAGACUUUAAAGAGGACCCAUCAUUUAAACGCCUGACAGAUCACAACCACACGGCUGUCCACAUUCCCACUGACAUCUAUGAUGGCUCUACCAUUGUGCUGAAUGAACUCAACUGGACAGAAGCACUGGAGGAUGUCUUCAAAAAGAAUAGAGAAGAUGACCCAACACUUCUUUGGCAAGUGUUUGGCAGUGCUACAGGCCUGGCUCGCUAUUACCCAGCCUCUCCUUGGAUGGAUGCUCGAAAGACUCCCAGUAAAAUUGAUCUGUAUGAUGUCCGCAGAAGACCGUGGUACAUUCAAGGAGCUGCCUCACCCAAAGACAUGUUAAUCCUUGUGGAUGCGAGUGGGAGUGUGUCUGGUUUAACCCUCAAACUGAUUCGAACAUCUGUCAGUGAGAUGCUGGAGACUCUGUCUGAUGAUGACUAUGUCAAUGUUGUUUUCUUUAACACCAGGGUGAAGAACACAGCGUGUUUCGACCAUCUGGUUCAAGCCAACGUGAGGAACAAAAAGCUGCUAAAAGAUGCUGUUCAGAACAUCACAGCCAAAGGGAUUACAAACUACACAAAGGGAUUCGAGUUUGCUUUUGAGCAGCUCAAUGCGACUAAUAUAAGCCGGGCCAACUGCAAUAAGAUCAUCAUGCUGUUUACGGAUGGGGGAGAGGAAAGAGCCCAGUUUGUGCUGGAGAAAUACAACGCUGACAAAAAGGUCAGAAUCUUUACCUUUUCUGUAGGACAACACAACUAUGAUAAAGGACCCAUUCAAUGGAUGGCCUGUUCCAAUAAAGGUUACUUCUAUGAGAUUCCCUCUAUUGGAGCCAUCAGGAUAAACACACAGGAAUACCUAGAUGUUUUGGGAAGACCCAUGGUUCUAGCAGACAAGAAGGCCAAACAAGUUCAGUGGACAAAUGUGUACCUCGAUGCUCUGGAACUGGGCCUGGUCAUCACUGGAACACUGCCAGUGUUCAACAGAACCAAGACCAUUGAUGACAGAAAUGGCGAGCAUCAGAAUCAGUUGAUUCUUGGUGUAAUGGCAAUUGAUGUGUCUCUUAAUGACAUCAAGAAGCUGACACCACGGUUCACAAUUGGUCCAAACGGUUACUACUUUGCCAUCGAUCCGAAUGGAUAUGUCCUCCUGCAUCCCAAUCUACAGCCAAAGAACCCUAAAUUCCAGGAGCCUGUAACUCUGGAUUUCCUUGAUGCAGAGCUGGAGAAUGACAUAAAAGUGGGGAUUAGAAAAAAUAUGAUCGAUGGAGAGACGGGAGAACAGACCAUUGACACUUUAGUGAAAACUCAAGAUGAGAGAUACAUAGACAGAGGAGUCAGGACAUACACAUGGGCGCCAGUCAAUGGAACAGACUACAGCCUGGCUCUUGUUUUACCAAAAUACAGUGAACACUUCAUUCAGGCACAACUGGGGGAUGAUAUAAAACAAGCCAUAUCUUCUUCUUGGGGGCAAAAAGCCAUGGAAACCUUACAACCAGAAGGUUUCGAUGAGUUUGGUUACACCUUCAUUGCACCAAGGGAGUACUGCAAAGAGCUGAAGCUCUCACUCAACAACACCCAGCUUCUCCUCGACUUCAACCAGUAUAUUGAUAGAAACACUCCAGAUGCAUGCAAUGAGUCUCUUGUGAGCCGUCUGAUCCUGGAUGCAGGUCUGACAGCUGAACUGGUUAAACUUUGGAAAGAGCAAACAGUGGAUGGGAUGGUGGCCAGGUUUGUUGCUACAGAUGGAGGAAUCACAAGAGUCUAUCCAAGAAGUGCUGGGGAAGAAUGGGCAGAGAAUCCAGAGACAUAUGAGUCCAGCUUCUACAAGAGGACCUUGGAUAAUGAAGUGUAUAUAUUCACAGCUCCAUCUUUCAACAUGCAAAGAUGAGAUUUGUGGCUGCCUGAGGAAUGACAAGCUUGUGGACUGUGUGAUAUUGGAUGAUGGAGGAUUUCUCCUCAUGUCAAAUCAAGAGGAGUAUAUUUCCCUGAUUGGUCAGUUUUUUGGUGAGGUGGAUCCAGUGUUGAUGAUCCACCUGGUCAACACAUCCCUGUACUCUUUCAACAAGACAUACGAUUAUCAGUCUGUGUGUGACCCAGAGAAAGACAGCAAGGCAGCAGCUGGACCCCGCUCCAUCUUUGUGCCUACUAUCGCAGACUUGCUGAGUAUUGGCUGGUGGGCCUCCAGUGCUGCUUGGUCGAUACUUCAGCAACUCUUUUUCAGUCUCUUGUUUCCAAACCUUUUAGAAGCAGCCGAGUCAGCAGAUGAGGACAUACCAGAUGCUAUGUUUAAGGAAAGCUGCAUUACGGAGCAGACUCAGUACUUUUUUGACAAUGAUGAGAGAUCAUAUUCAGGUGUCCUGGACUGUGGAAACUGUUCCAGGAUGUACAGUGCUGAAAAGCUUCCAAACACCAACCUGGUUUUUCUGAUCACUGAUGCAAAGGCAACGUGUUUAUCGUGUGACCCCCGGCCUCUUCGACAGGCGGAGCAACCGUCUGAAGGUCCAAAUCCUUGUGAACUGGCUCAGAGUCCUCGAUACCGCAAAGGGCCCGAUGUGUGUUUCGACAACAAUGAAAGCGAUGAGCCGCUGUGUCCGAUCAGCAAAGGUUCUCCACCCAACCUCACAGCUUUUCUGUUGUUUCUGUUACUGGCUUUGGGGAAGAUGAUUCUGAUUGUGGAAGAGGGACCUGCCUAAUCCCGAGUCUCUGGCCAAUGCUCAGUCUCCAACUGCUGCUGUGGCUCACCAAAUCUUUGCACGAGUCGUGACCCCUGCACACACCUAAGACUCUCGGUCAUUCACUGAUCAUCAUCGCAUUCCAUAGCAGGCCGGGCAACACUCACGUGUAUGCCACAUGGGAUUUAUGCAGAACUUUUGCAACGCCAAUGACUAGAAUCAGCAUUUUCAUGUCCCAAUGCCAAAGGGUGCUCAUUCAUUUUCUCCUCGUCAUUCUUUAAAGGUAGAGACACAUUUAAUGUGCUCAGCUGCACUCACGAUCAUUAGCUACACUUUAAUCCUCUCCAAUGGUGCAACAGUAAGAGCUAACCAAACCCUUUAAUUCUGCCUCAUUUGUUUCUUGGAUUUAUUGGUUGAAGAAUUAUUCCACUAUGCCAACUGAAAAUCCUUCAGACUGUAUGUCCACUGACAGCAUUGAUUUGUGCAGCUGUCAGUAUUGUUUGUUGCUAUGGAUCAUUAUAUUGUAAUGAUGGUUUGUUUUUUUCUACCCCUAAAGAUAUCCCUUUGUUUUGGGUGUUUUUUUUUUCCCCAAAAAUGAUAAUUACCUAUUUUGCAGCUAGGUGUUUUAUUGUAGCAGCAUGUGCUCAGUUCGGAGCUUAAAAGUGACAACAACACAUUGACACCAAAGCACAAAACAGUACCGAGGACCACACAGACUUCUGCAGAGAUUGUGCUUGAUAGUUUAUUACGAAAAAAGCCUCUUCAGAUGUGCAGUAUUAGUAUUCAAGUUACAGUGAUGAAUACAUUUCUAAAAACUAGGGGUGCAACAAUACAGAAAAUUCACGAUUCGGUUCGUUCAAUACUUGAGUCUCAUGGUUCGAUGUGUUUUCGAUACAAAAAUAAAAGAGAAAUGUCCAUGGCCUUUUUAACUUGUAAUUUAUUUAAAUUACAAGUUAAAAAGGGGCGGCUGUGGCGAAGUGGUUAGGGGAGUCGUCCUGGAACCGGAAGGUGGCUGGUUCUGUCCCCUGUCCGGCCGUCUCAGUCGUUGUGUCCUUGGGCAAGACACUUCACCCACCUUGCCUACUGRUGGUGGUCAGAGGGUCUGGUGGC